AUGGAAGAUACUUCACCAAUGGAUACUCCCAUACAAAAGAACCAUCAACUUGGAAUGUUUUCUCUUAAUGAUCCAAAAGUUGAUCAUACUCGUUACAGGGCCAUGAUAGGUUCUUUGAUGUACCUUACGGCAUCAAGAACAGACAUCAUGUUUGCGGUUUGUUUGUGUGCGCGUUAUCAGUCCUGUCCCAGGGAAAGUCACAUGAAAGUUGUUAAGCGAAUUCUUCGCUACCUCAAAGGGCAACCAAUGCUGGUUCUUUGGUAUUCGAUUGGGGGAGACUUUGAGUUCGUGGCUUAUACAGAUGCUGACUAUGGAGGCUGCAACUUUGAUAGGAAAUCGACUUCAGGUGGAUGUCAGUUCUUAGGGGGGAGAUUGGUUUCUUGGCAAUGUAAGAAGCAGACUCCUGUUGCGAUCUCGUCUUGCAAGGCAGAAUACAUAGCAGCUGGUGGAUGUUGUUCACAGGUUCUAUGGAUCCAGCAACAGCUGCGUGAUUACGGUUAG